AUGACAGGAAAGAUCGAUACCAACAAUAAGGUCUAUAAGCUGGCCGCCAUGCCCUUCAUUUUGGAACGCAAGGGUGACUACGAUGAAGCCAUCACCGUCUACAAGAACGCCAUAACUGUUUUGGACGAAGCAACUAAAAUAUACAAGAAAGGAAAUGUCCUCAAAAUCAACAGAAAAAUGUUUGAGAGACAGGUUCAAGUCCAUCGAGAACGCCUAGCCUAUCUCGAAGACCUAAAGAGCAAGGGUAGUUUCGACGGUAUAAUAUUGCCUCCCACAAUUUUGGACGCGAUGGAGGAGGUGGAAAAGGAGGAUGGAAAGACCUGGUCAUUGACCCAGAUUCGCAAGGAUCUUAAUACAUUCCGUGGGGGUGAUUCCAGUCAAUCUACAAAUGAUAUCAGCACAGCACCAGCCCACAUCCAACCAUUCCUCAAUGACGAUACCUCACAACGCCCCUUCUUCUCGCUGACCCUGUCUCCUGAUGCGCCCACAGUCACUUAUCGCAUCACACAUUCCUCCGAGCUCGUCAAUCUGGGCAUGCGCUCAUAUUGGUUUUUCGUCAAAGACGCGACUAACACACACGUCUUGUACGCCCUGCAAUUUGUCUGGAGCAACGAAGCGCCCAUCGUCGAGACGGUCCUUCGACGCGCUGGAGAAUUCUUACCUCAAAUCGGCGCGACGAGCGUGAGACUGCAGAGGACCAAAGGUGGUACUUUUCGGAUGAUGACACGGACAAUCCCCGACAUGGGCACAAUAACUGAGAUUCCGGACGGAGAGAUGCAGCGGAAGGAUUGGUCGCCGCGGCGAUUUGAGUACGGAGGGCGCAAUUUCGUUUGGAAGAGUGCAGCAGCAGAGGGUAAGAAGGAGAGUGGGAUGUUUGGGAGCUUCGGCAUCGCCUGGGAGACUUUGUAUGAGACCAAGCGUGUGUGGCCUAAAAGUGGAAGUAGGACCGGGAAGAUGGAAGAUGAAAUUGUUGGUUCCAGGCUGUGCUGGGGAGAGAAGAAGGGCGGAAACGGUGCUGACCAUAGCAUUCACAUGGUCGGUGGCUUGGAUCUGUAUUUCAGAGAGCAUUUGCUCGCGGUCCAGUUGUCAAGGUUGGCUCGUGCCAGUUAUCCCCCGCAAAAGGAUACCAAGGGAAUCGAAGCAGCAUCAGCUGGUCUGGGUUGGCUCUCUAUUGUUUCGGAUUUGGCAUGA